AUGGCGGCGCCGCCGGCUGGGCGCGGGGGGCCCGCGGCGUGGGGCCGGCGGCGCUGGCUGCUGCUGGUGCUGCUGCUGCUGCUGCUGCUGCUGCUGGCGGCGCGGCCCGCGCGGGCCCUGGUGGACGGGCUGUACUGCGGCACGCGCGACUGCUACGAGGUGCUGGGCGUGAGCCGCUCGGCGGGCAAGGCGGACAUCGCGCGGGCCUACCGCCAGCUGGCCCGCCGCUACCACCCCGACCGCUACCGGCCCGAGCCCGGCGACGGCGGCCCCGGGCGCACGCUGCGCCACGCCGAGGAGGCUUUCCUGCUCGUGGCCACCGCCUACGAGACGCUGAAGGAUGAAGAAACCCGGAAAGAUUAUGACUACAUGCUGGAUCACCCAGAAGAGUACUACAGCCACUACUACCACUACUACAGCAGGCGCUUAGCCCCGAAGGUGGAUGUUAGGGUGGUGAUUUUAGUCACUGUGUGUGCCAUUUCAGUGUUCCAGUAUUUCAGCUGGUGGAAUAGCUACAAUAAAGCAAUCAACUACCUAGCCACAGUGCCCAAGUACCGUAUCCAGGCAACAGAGAUUGCCAAGCAGCAGGGACUGCUCAAAAAAGCCAAAGAAAAAGGAAGAAGCAAAAAGUCCAAAGAAGAAACUCGUGAUGAGGAGGAGAACAUCAUCAAAAAUAUUAUUAAAAGUAAAAUAGAUAUAAAGGGAGGCUAUCAGAAACCCCAGAUACGGGAUCUUCUCUUGUUUCAGAUUAUUUUAGCUCCUUUUCACCUGUGCUCAUACGGAGCCUGGUACUGCCGGUGGAUUUAUAAUUUUAACAUCAAGGGCAAAGAAUAUGGGGAGGAAGAGAGACUAUACAUCAUACGGAAGUCAAUGAAGAUGUCACAGUCUCAGUUUGAUAGUCUAGAAGAUCAUCAGAAAGAGACAUUUCUUAAACGAGAACUCUGGAUAAAGGAGAAUUAUGAGGCCUACAAACAAGAACAAGAGGAAGAAUUAAAGAAGAAGUUGGCAAAUGACCCUAGGUGGAAGAGGUACAGGAGAUGGAUGAAGAAUGAAGGGCCUGGACGGUUAACCUUUGUUGAUGACUGAAGAUUAAUGGAAUGCUACUAUGCCAAACCUUAAUUGUGAUAUUAUUUUCAUAACAGUUCUUUUAGAAGUAUAUCAGCUGCUCUCAGAAGUAACUAAAAUUCCACACAUAUUUGAUUAAACAGAAUGAUGUCGGAAUUUCAACUUUCCCUCAAAACUUUACACAUGAGACAUUUAUGUUUGUUCAGUUUUUAUAAUUUGUGGAUUUUGUUAAAAGAUUUGACAUGUGAAUUUAUUAGUUGUCAUUCAAAAUUUUAUAUGUUUAGUUAAAAAAAAUUUGAGAAAAUUUAUUAGAUACCAUUUAAAAGUUUUUGUGUGUUAAGUGUUUAUUCUUCAAGAAAGCUUCCUUAUUCUUUGUCAUAGUGCUAGGUUUUUCUCCUUUAUAGCCUUUAUUUUCACAAAACACAAAAGACUUAUCAACAGCACUUAAUUCUAUUACUGUGUCUUUCUGGACACAUAUUUCUGCAGCAGAAUCAUCCAGUUAUCAUACUAUCUUCAUUAGAGUCAUCAUAAGAUCGAAAUGUGUUCCAGAUAAUCUCUCUAGGAGAGUCUUAUAGAAUCUCUGUAAUUCCCUCCCAGUCAUUAUCAUGCUUUUAAGAUCAGAAACUCUCCAGGAGAGUGAGUCUACCCUCAUGUCCUUGUAGGAUGUUCUUGAUUACAGUCUCAUUAUAGGACUAAAACUGUAUUCUCAAACAUUUCUGCAGAAGGAGACCUUGUAAAAAGAUUUUUCAUACCACAUUAUUGCUGCUUUUUCUUGUUGUUUGGGAUUAUUUUCUGUUGUUUUUUGUUUGGAAAAAAAAAUCACAGGGCAGGAAUAGUAUACUUGAAGUUAAAAAGUUGUUCAUAGUUUAUGAAGUCCUCAAGUGGUGAAAAAUUCAUUGUACACGAGAGUAUUUACAUGCAUUUUAAACUAGAAAUCAGAUAAGCAUGCUGUGUGCUAGUUUCUCAGCACUAAGGUAUAAAUAUUUAUACAUGUGGAAGUGAAAAUGAAUGAUACAUUUGAAUCAAGCAUGAUAGUGCACCGAAGUAUCCAUUCAUGCUAGUGAAUCAAGACUCCUGGUAAAGACUUACCCCACUGCUUCAUAUUAAUAAAGUACUUGCAAUAUGUCA